AUGGCAGCUUCUGGGGGUCCCGUCCGGGAUCUCUGCGAGGAAGCCACUUGCCCCAUCUGCCUGGAGUAUUUCAGGGAUCCAGUGAUCAUCCCGGAGUGCGGGCACAACUUCUGCCGAUCCUGCCUGACCCAGUGCUGGGGGAAAUCCGAGGGAGAGGCUUCCUGCCCUCAGUGCAGGAAAACAGUGGAGCAAGGCAGCAUCAGGAGAAACCAGCAGCUGGCAAAUUUUGUAGAAAUAAUUAAGAAAUUCAGCCUUCUGGGCAGAAAAGAGGAGGGAGAAGGAAAAGGAAGGGUCUGUGAGAAGCACCAGGAGCCCCUGAAGCUCUUCUGCCAGGAGGACCAAAGCCCCAUCUGUGUGGUGUGUGACAGAUCCAAGGAGCACAAAAGCCACGAGGUGGUUCCUCUGGAGGAGGCGUCCCAGGAGUACAAGGUGGGAAAUGGCAGUGGGUCUUUCUUGGGGGUGGAAGAGCUGCAGACUAGAGGGGCUUGUAGUAGUAGUAGUAGUAGUAAUAAUAAUAAUAAUAAUAAUAAUAAUAAUAAUAAUAUUGUAGUGUAUUCUCUCCACUUGGAGCCCAAAGGGAAUUCUUGUGCAGCCUGAUAAAACUAACUUCUGAAACUUUAUACAAUAAACAUUUAUUUUUCUUUUUGAGGGAUUAAAGUGUGCCCAGUGACCCCCUGAAUGCAGGCUGCAGUAACUCCCCUGGGAGGAAAGAUUGCAACAUCUAGCAUUAAUUUAAUAAAAAGGAGGAGGGAGAUGUUGGAGGUGUGCUCAGUGUGGGGGAUUAAUAAUAAUAAUAAUAAUAAUAAUAAUAAUAAUUUAUUAUUUAUACCCCGCCCAUCUGGCUGAGUUUCCCCAGCCACUCUGGGCAGCUCCCAAUCAGUGUUAAAAACAGUAACGUGUUACAUAUUAAAAACUUCCCUGAACAGGGCUGCCUUAAGAUGUCUUCUGAAUGUCAGGUAAUUAUUUAUCUCUUUGGCAUCUGAUGGGAGGGCGUUCCACAGGGCGGGCGCCACUACCGAGAAGGCCCUCUGUCUGGUUCCCUGUAGCCUCACUUCUGCAGCGAGGAACCGCCAGAAGGCCCUUGGUGCUGGACCUGAGUGUCCGGGCAGAACGAUGGGGGUGGAGAUGCUCCUUCAGGUAUACAGGACCGAGGUCGUUUAGGGCUUUAAAGGUCAGCACCAACAUUUUGAAUCGUGCUCGGAAACGUACUGGGAGCCAAUGCAGAUCUCUCAAAAUAGCAAACCCCCCAUGUUUCUCAGCUCUGAUAUAGGGCAGCCCCAUUUCUGCCUCCUCUGGGAUGAAAAAGGGGAACCUCUGCAAAAGACCCAGGGAUGUGGGGCAGGGAGCAAACAUACGAUUCAGCUUCCCUGUUAAUGUGUAAUGCAGCCCAACUUGGAUUCUGUUUCUUUUCAGGAUCAGAUCAGCAGCUGCCUAGACAAUGUGAGGAAGGAGAGAGAGAAAAUUCUAGUAUUUAAAGCAGACACAGAAAAGGAAAUCCAGGACCUGCUUGUAAGCACCAUUGUUACUGUUUUAAGGUGAAAAAUGCUAUAGUCUAAAAUCAAUAUGGGUGGGAGGGGCGGAAAUGAAUAUGGAAUACAGAAAGAGGUUUAUUUUUGAAUGGCCUGAUCUCCUACAGAGCAUGAAAGGCCAUUUAAAGGUGAGGGUGGGCUUGUAAGUUUUUAUGAAGCUCUUUCUCUGCUGAAUAUGUCAGAAGUGGCUUUCCAGUGGAAUUUGGAUAACUGGCCUCUUCAUCCUGCAAGAGCAGACUAGAUGCCUGAUCUUGGCCCACUCUUCUCUUCUUUCAAUCUCUUUGCUGCAGAAACAAACAGGUGCAGAGAGGGAAAAGAUGGUGGCUGAGUUCAGGCGACUGCACCAGUUUCUGGAAGAAAAAGAGAAGCUUUUUCUGGCCCAGAUGGCAGAAGUGGAGAAGGAGAUUGCAGCCCAAAGGGAGGAUCACCUGGCCAGACUAUCCAGGGAACUCUCCUCUCUUGACAGCCUCAUCCGGGAGAUGGAGGAGAAGCUUCAGGAACCAGAGAGUGAACUCCUGCAGGUGAGGCCUCAUCCUGAUGUGAGAGGGUGGAAUGUGCUGCUUCAAACCACAGGCAUUCCUUAGUCACAUAAAAUUGUUGCUGGAAGGAAAACAGUACAUGAAGGGUGAAAGGCGUCAGUCCUGGGGUUGCAAAAGGGGCCUUGCUAGAUGAAACCACAGGCCCCUUCAUUCUAGCAUCAUGUUCUCUCAUUGGCCAACCAGAGGUCUCUGAGAAGCCUAAAAAACAGUAGUGCUCUCCAAACCUGUGAUCCCCAGCAGUUGCCACUCAGCUGCUUAGUAUUUAUAACUGACUGCAGAAAUGGCUCCACUGACAUCUUUCUUUCUUUCCUUCCAGGAUAUUGGAAGCUUCUUGCAGAGGUAAGUGAUGGAAAACCCCUGCCUUAUUCUGAUGCUAGGAAAGUUCCUGCUUAACAAGUGAGAACCUCACUCUCCAGUUUCUCCUUCCAGAGAUAGCUUAGGACUUCAUCGUCAAUUUCACAAAAUCACAGACAAAAAUAGGGACACGUUUUUGUGGUAAUUUGUCGCUAUUGAUCCCAUCUAUGUACAAUCACAGACAGGAAGCCAUUCCCAUUGCAUAUUUCUGGAGGCCCUUCUCUGUGAUGGAAUCAUUUACUCUGCAAUUGAUACAAAAAGGGGGGACAUCCCAAAGGGGCUUGUAAAUAUCUUCACUAUAACUUACCCUUAAAUAUCCAGUGUCUUUCUGGCUCCUGCAGGUUCUUCCUCAGACAUAAGAAUGUGAUAAAGGGCCCUGCUGGAUGAGGCCAGCGGCCCAUCUAGUCCAGCAUUUUGUUUUCACAGUGCCUAACCAGAUGCCAGUGUGAAAUCCGCGGUUAUCAGGAUCCGAGUCCAAACAACUUUAGACACUCAUGAAUUUUGAGAAUCUUCCAUUUUGAAAAUCUAACCACUGUGCUAAAAUACAUUUAUAAUGUUAAUUGCAAAAGCCAUUCUAAAGCAUUCUGAACUUCCUUAUAUUUCAGAAAUGCACAUACCAAAUCUAUUUUCUUUGCUCAUUAAUCACUUUAAAUGCAUCACUAACACUAGUGCAGUCCUAAAAUCUCUGCAUAGGGACCCAGUACUGUUUUUUCUUCAAAAAAAUAAUUUGCAUAUAUCAGCUUCUUUACCUUCAAUCUCAUAUUCAUAUAUUUCCUUCAGUAUAUUUUGGAAGCAGGUGUGUCGGUUUUCCUUCAGCUUCUUAGGUGCUCUCUAGAUGCUCCUUUUUGCCAUAGGAAAACCCUGCUCCCAAGUCUUCAUGAUAUUUCCAUGGUGCCUUUAUCAUCAGGAUGAGACGUCUGCCUUGUCAGAAAGCUCCUUGCAUUGGAAAGAUGGUGGCUUGACUUUGUUCUUCUCCUCCCAGGUCUCAGGAGAAGGAGAACUUAGAGGAUCCUCCUGUGGCUUUUCCUCCUGCCCUGAAGUGGAAGAUCUGGGACUUCAGAGAUAUAAAUCCCUUCCUGGAGGGAGUCAUGAAAAAAUUCAGAGGUAGUAAAGAAGGACUGAAAGUAUUGUUAGCUGGAUGUUUAGAAGUGUUCAUAACAAGCUUCAGGUCAUAGGGAAUAUUAGCCAAGCCAGGAAAAUAGAAGGUCGAAACAACAUGGCGCCGAGGUAAGACGUGCUUGCCGGUGCUCUUCGGACUUCUUUUAAUCUUCUUUUAAUCUUUUAUAUUUUUAUCUUAACUGACUCAGUCAGUUUUUGAGGUAUUUUAUAAUUGCUGCAGCCGCAUGCUAUGGAAACUCUCUGAGAGAUUUGGCCCUGCUCCAGACUGCUGUAAGCUGCUCUUUGUUUCUCUCGUAUCAGCGGGCCGGCUUUAGCUGCUAAAAGAGUUGAGAACGCCAUUAUCUUAAUUGCGUGUCAAGUGUUAUGAGGAAAAGCAUGGGUCAGAAAAAACGCUUGAGAGACUUUGACGAGCCCCUAUCAUCCCCUAAACCAAAACUAUCAAGGUUGGUGCCACACCGGAAUGGAGGAGGGAGUGACCAUGCCGAGCAGUGCUUUGCAGUGGAAACCCAAAAUCGCUUCCUACCUCUAAUUGAUUUAGAAGCUACUCCAAUUCCGAUGACUCAAAAUGUUUCAAAAGUAAAGCCUGUAAAGGAGAAUACGAAAGAAAAACUCUCAUCACAGGAAGAUGGUUUGGCAUCUGUUAUGGGGGAGUUCCCCGGUUGUGAGCAGUUACACUUAGUAAUUAAGACCCUUCACUGUAUUUUUAAAAGGCUGGACGAGGUAUCUUCACAAUUAUCCAAUAUCCUGAUGAAAAUCGAAAAACUUGAAUCAACAACACAAUCUUCAGUUUGUGAGGUGAAAAACUUAUUGCCUCACCCCAAUUCAGAUAAAAUAAAGGAGACUAAAAUGAAAUAUAUCUUAAAUUCCCAAUUGAACAAUCAGAUAUUAACUCUGCAACCCAAGAAAAGUUGCCUUUCUGUCAGGUCGGAAAUAGGAAGAUGGUCAACGCUAGAAGGGGCUAAAGACUGUUCAAGCAAACUUUUAAAAAUUAAGAAACAUCAGAUUGACCUAUAUGCUGUGAUGCUCCUUCCCCGGCAGACCAACUUCUUGAAGGUGAUACUUGCGUUCCACUCUGAAAAGAUACCAUCUAUUACUGUUAGGAGGAAAACGCUUUGUCCAUGGCCGACAUUGUAGCAACGAGGGUUUUUUACAGACAGCAAGAUCAAACCCCUUCUAAAUAGGUGCCCUGGCGGUGAGGACAUUAGGACAAGAGACUUUGCCUUACUUCAAAAUACUGUCAGGCCCAACCGCGAUGACUCUGCAGCGUGCCAUCCUCGACCAAACUCGAUACCUUCUCAAACAGCCAUAUAUGAGGACGAUAACCUGCGGACUGCCCUUGACGAAAGGGAACUUAUUGAUUCAUUCAGAGCCCUCCCUCCGAAAGAACAGUCGGUGAUGAUGCAAAGAUUUGACACGCUUAAAUCUCAGCUUUUGCAAGUCCUACAUAGAGGGGAAGAUACUAAUGAUGUCUCAAAUAAUCCCACUUGGGCUCACCGGACAGAAGUGGUCGACCUUCUUCAGCUCAGCCCCACUCUGAAAUCAAAAACCAUCCGACAAGACUCAAAUCUUCAAGUUGUUUCUGCCCCGUGCGCUACAUCACGAGACGACCAGGCUCUGCCAUCCUCACUGAACUUUCAUCUAUAUUCAUCGACCAACAUACCUAAGGACGAAAUUCUGAUUUCCCUGCUUGACUCAAAUCCCUCUUUAACUCACUCAUCUAUGCCAGAGCUAGAAUCUUCUCCAGUUUCGACCAGAGAUAGAAGUAGUUCACAAGUGAUGCCCCUGAGAGAGUCUUCCACAAUUCCCACCCCCGUGAUGCCCCCUCAAUUACCUCCUUCAAAGGAAACUGCGAAUGUUACACCUCGGGACCCGCCGUCGGAAAUGAUUGAAGACCCGAUGGGACGCAUCAAUAAAAUCAUCCGAAUGUCGGAUGAUAAAUCUGCGAGAGGGUUUACUCCGACGGACUCAAUUUCCCCCUCCCUGGGUAUUUCUCUGUCAAGUUGUACCAAGAAUUUCGAAAUGAAGAGACUUCCUGUUCAGGGAUCUACUCUCAGUGGAUCAUCCACGGUGUGCCAACAGUCGAACCAAAUUGUUAAAAACUUUAAUUUGGAGGGCUCCUCACAGUUACCAUCUUCCCAAAGUAAAAUAACUGACUUUUUUGUUACAUCUUCUGUCUUUAACAGAGAGUCUGCCCCCCCUCCGUUUUGA